AUCCGUUCCUGCUAAAAGUGUAGUAGAUGAGAUGAGGAUGAUGGGUGGCGUUUGGUUUGCUAAUUUUGUGGUGUUUUAUCUGGUAGCGGUGGUCGGAUCGUCUCCGGCGAGGAAGAAAGUGUAUAUCGAGGGGUAUGUUAGCUGCGUUUACUGUGUGAUGGAAGGUGGGCCCGGCUCAGUCAUCAAAACCGAUCUUCUUCCCGGUGCGGUGGUGAAACUGCAAUGCAAUAACAGAAAGAAGGGCAGUUGGGAGGAGCAGACGGAGACGGGCGGCGAUGGCGAAUUCAGUUUCAAGCCGGUGAAGGUGACGAGUUGGGGGGCCCACAAGUGCAAGAUCUUCUUAGUCUCCUCUCCAAGAGCUGUCUGUCCCGUUAUCAUCUACGGCGAGGGCGUUCUCUUCAAACCCGCCGCCAUCAACGGCAACGCCACCUCCCCUUUUCAGCUCUACACUGUUCGACCCCUCGCUUUCUAUCCCCCUCCUUACACCUGCGUUUGAACCAAUUCUUCCAUUAAUUACUAUCUUGUUUAUUAAAUACGUACCUUAUUGUUGGGGAAUUAUGGCCCAUACUGUUUUUAUGGGCUUUUAAAUUUAUUUAUAACGUUAUUAUAUA